AUGCUACGUCAUCCCGUGGUCAUACUUAGCCAGUUCUGCAUUCCCUUCACUCUAUGCCUGAUUGCAUUGUUCAUCUUCCGUCAUCUUACGACCAUGACACAUUCGGAUGAUCCCUGUCUAGCACUCUCACUAGCACCGUACGGUAGUGGAUUGAUUGUGACAUUCGCCAAUGAGGCGAAUGAUACGUCCUCAGACGCUUCCGCCUCAAUAUCCGAGCAGAUGC